AUGUCUAUUGAAAAUGUGGAAGAGAAGCCUAAUAACCUUGGGGAGAGAGGAAGAGCCCGGAGCUACACUUUCCUCAGGGUUGUCCAGCCAAUGUUUAACCACAGUAUUUUCACUUCUGCAGUCUCUCCUGCUGCAGAACGCAUCAGAUUCAUCUUGGGAGAGGAGGAUGACAGCCCCGCACCCCCUCAGCUCUUCACUGAACUGGAUGAGCUUCUGGCCGUGGAUGGGCAGGAGAUGGAGUGGAAGGAGACAGCGAGGUGGAUAAAGUUUGAAGAAAAAGUGGAACAGGGUGGGGAGAGAUGGAGCAAGCCACAUGUGGCCACGUUGUCCCUUCACAGCUUAUUUGAGCUGAGGACAUGUAUGGAGAAAGGAUCCAUCAUGCUUGACCGGGAGGCUUCUUCUCUCCCACAGUUGGUGGAGAUGAUUGUUGACCAUCAGAUUGAGACAGGCCUACUGAAAUCUGACCUUAAGGAUAAGCUGACUUAUACUUUGCUCCGGAGGCACCGGCAUCAAACCAAGAAAUCCAACCUUCGGUCCCUGGCUGACAUUGGGAAGACGGUCUCCAGUGCAAGUAGGAUGUUUACCAACCCUGAUAAUGGUAGCCCAGCCAUGACCCAUAGGAAUCUGACUUCCUCCAGUCUGAAUGACAUUUCUGAUAAACCAGAGAAGGACCAGCUGAAGAAUAAGUUCAUGAAAAAACUGCCACGUGAUGCAGAAGCUUCCAAUGUGCUUGUUGGGGAGGUUGACUUCUUGGAUACUCCUUUCAUUGCUUUUGUGCGGCUACAGCAGGCUGUCAUGCUGGGUGCCCUGACUGAGGUCCCUGUGCCCACAAGGUUCUUGUUCAUUCUCUUAGGUCCUAAGGGGAAAGCCAAGUCCUACCAUGAGAUUGGCAGAGCCAUUGCCACCUUGAUGUCUGACGAGGUGUUCCAUGACAUUGCUUAUAAAGCAAAAGACAGGCAUGAUCUGAUUGCUGGCAUUGAUGAGUUCCUUGAUGAAGUCAUUGUCCUUCCACCUGGGGAAUGGGAUCCAGCAAUCAGGAUAGAGCCUCCUAAGAGUCUUCCAUCUUCUGACAAAAGAAAGAAUAUGUACUCAGGUGGAGAGAAUGUUCAGAUGAAUGGGGACACGCCCCACGAUGGAGGACACGGAGGAGGAGGACAUGGGGAUUGUGAAGAACUGCAGCGAACUGGACGGUUCUGUGGUGGACUAAUUAAGGACUUAAAGAGGAAAGCACCAUUUUUUGCCAGUGAUUUUUAUGAUGCUUUAAAUAUUCAGGCUCUUUCAGCAAUUCUCUUCAUUUAUCUGGCAACUGUAACUAAUGCUAUCACGUUUGGAGGACUGCUCGGGGAUGCCACUGACAACAUGCAGGGUGUGUUGGAGAGUUUCCUGGGCACUGCUGUCUCUGGAGCCAUCUUUUGCCUUUUUGCCGGUCAACCACUCACUAUUUUGAGCAGCACCGGACCUGUCCUAGUUUUUGAGAGGCUUCUAUUUAAUUUCAGCAAGGACAAUAAUUUUGACUAUUUGGAGUUUCGCCUUUGGAUUGGCCUGUGGUCAGCCUUCCUGUGUCUCAUUUUGGUAGCCACUGAUGCCAGCUUCUUGGUUCAGUACUUCACUCGUUUCACAGAAGAGGGCUUUUCUUCUCUGAUUAGCUUCAUCUUUAUCUAUGAUGCUUUCAAGAAGAUGAUCAAGCUAGCAGAUUACUACCCCAUCAACUCCAACUUCAAAGUGGGCUAUAAUACUCACUUUUCCUGUGCUUGUGUGCCGCCUGACCCAGUUAAUAUGUCAAUAUCUAAUGAUGCUACACUGGCUCCAGAGGAUUUGCCAACUAUUUCUUCUACUGAUAUGUACCAUAAUACUACCUUUGACUGGGCAUUUUUGUCAAAGAAGGAGUGUUUGAAGUACGGAGGAAAGCUCGUGGGGAACAGCUGCGAUUUUGUUCCGGAUAUCACACUCAUGUCUUUCAUCCUCUUUCUGGGCACAUACACCUCUUCUAUGGCUCUGAAAAAAUUCAAAACUAGUCGUUAUUUUCCAACCACAGCAAGAAAACUGAUCAGUGAUUUUGCCAUUAUCUUGUCCAUUCUCAUCUUUUGUAUAAUAGAUGCCCUGGUAGGUGUGGACACUCCAAAACUAAUUGUGCCAAGCGAGUUCAAGCCGACAAGUCCAAACCGAGGUUGGUUUGUCCCACCAUUUGGAGGAAACCCCUGGUGGGUGUGCCUUGCUGCUGCCAUCCCUGCUUUGUUAGUCACCAUUCUGAUCUUCAUGGACCAGCAGAUCACAGCUGUGAUUGUAAACAGGAAAGAACAUAAACUCAGAAAGGGAGCUGGGUAUCACUUGGAUCUCUUCUGGGUGGCCAUCCUCAUGGUGGUGUGCUCCUUUAUGGCUCUGCCGUGGUAUGUGGCUGCUACCGUCAUCUCUAUUGCUCACAUCGACAGUUUGAAAAUGGAGACAGAGACUUCUGCACCUGGAGAACAACCAAAGUUUCUAGGAGUGAGGGAACAAAGAGUCACUGGAACCCUUGUGUUUAUUCUGACUGGUCUGUCAGUCUUUAUGGCUCCCAUCUUGAAGUUUAUUCCCAUGCCUGUACUCUAUGGUGUAUUCCUGUACAUGGGGGUAGCAUCCCUUAAUGGUGUGCAGUUCAUGGAUCGCCUGAAGCUGCUUCUGAUGCCCCUGAAGCAUCAACCUGACUUUAUCUACCUGCGACAUGUCCCCCUACGCAGAGUCCACCUGUUCACUUUCCUGCAGGUGUUGUGUCUGGCCCUGCUCUGGAUCCUCAAGUCAACUGUGGCUGCUAUCAUUUUUCCAGUCAUGAUCUUGGCACUUGUAGCUGUCAGAAAAGGCAUGGACUACCUCUUCUCCCAGCAUGACCUUAGCUUCCUCGAUGAUGUCAUUCCAGAAAAAGACAAGAAAAAGAAGGAGGAUGAGAAGAAAAAGAAAAAGAAGAAGGGAAGUCUGGACAGUGACAAUGAUGAUGAGAAAGAUCACCGACAUUCCUUGAACGCCACACAUCAUGUUGAUAAAAUUCCUUUCCUUCCAUCACUUGGUAUGCCAAGUCCUCCUAGAACUCCAGUAAAAGUUGUGCCUCAAAUAAUAAUAGAACUUGAGCCUGAAGACAAUGAUUAUUUCUGGAGGAGCAAGGGAACAGAAACUACAUUGUAACCUGUUUAUCUUUCUUAACACUGACAAUUGUUGUUAAUGUUCUUGUUUUUUUGGUCUGUUCAUUUUUUAAUUUUUGUUGUUUAAGUUUUUGGUCACUGGCCAAAUAAUACAGUGCUCUCUCUGCUUCUGUCUUGCAUAGGUAAAAUCAAGACAAUAAGUGCACCUUUUUAAAAAAACACCAUCUGAGGAAUCCCCCUUUUGUUCUUAUACUUUCAGAUGUGUCCUCUGACAACCAAAUUUCUCUGUCACUCAAGACAUGCACAGAUCCUGUUCUUUUCCUCUAUUAAGCAGAGGACAAAAGUAUUAAGGAUUUUAUAACACCUUUCAUUAAAAUAUUGAAGGAACUUGAUAAUUUUAUCUUUGAAGCUUUGCUUACUGGCUUGUCUUUGGUAGAACAAACCGUGACCUCCAGACAGAGUUCCUUCUCGCUUCUAGAGCUCUCCAGAACUGGAAAAAGUGUUGCUAUUCUAACUUGCUCUUGCUUGUAAACCUUAAUUUUAGAGUUAUCAAAAGAAGAAAAACUAAAGGUACUUUACUUCCUAUAGAAAAAACCAUUGCCAUCAUUGUAGCAAGUGCUGGAAUGUCCCUUUUUCCUAUGCAACAUUUUUUAACCCUUUAAUGAAUUUAUCUGUUGAGUACAUUGAAGAAUAUUUUUCUUCCUAGAUUUUGUUGUUUAAAUUAUGGGGCCUAACCUGCAACUUAUUUUUUGUCAAUUUUUUAAACUUUUUUUUAAUUACUGUAAAGAAAAUGAAUUUUUUCCUGCAGCAGGAAACAUAGUUUUGAGUAGUUCUACCUCUUAUUUGUAGCUGCCAAGCUUUCUGUAAAAAUUGUAUUGUAUAUAAUGUGAUUUUUACACACACACACACACUAAUACACAAUCUCUAGGGUAAGCCAGAAGGCUAGAUCAGAUUAAAAACACCAUGUUUCUAAGCAUCCAUUUUUCCCUUUCUGUAAAAGAAAUUUAACUGUUCUAUGAAGGAGAUUGAGGGAGAAAUGAGAAACUCCUGUGUAAUGGGAAUAACUGAUGUUCUGAUAAUAGUAGUGUUUGGGCACAGAUGCUGAUUGUAUUAUUAUGUUGAUGUCCUAUGCAGUAUUGUUAGACAUUUUUUCAUUUUGAAAUACCCGUAUGUUUGUGUAUAGGCUCUGUGUGUGGCUGGUGCACUUAUGUUAGGUGUUUCUAACCAAAGUUAGAGAAAGAAUGACAGUAGGCAAAGGGCAAAGUUAUCCAGCCUCUGGUGUCAGUUUUCAUAAAACCCAAACCACACAUGAAAUAAUCCAUCAGAAUGAUAAAAUUCCAAGAAAUUCACCAUUAUGCAGAUCGGGAUAAAUAUGUUUUAUUAUUCAGCAAUGUCACCAUCAUUGACACAAUAGCACACAUUUACAGUAUAAAAUCCAUAGGAAUAUUAAUAGUCCAUUCACAUAAUAAAGUAUUAUGGGAAUGUAGAAAUAUCUGCAGAGGUAUAUGUGUAUACACUUUAACAGUACUCUCUCACACAUUUAUAAGGAUGCAAAGGUAAUUCUCUAUGAUCGUGACAUUUAGAAUACAUGUGUACAUAUAUUAAUAUAUGUUUAUGUGUGUUUCAAAUUACCAAAUUGAAAAUUAGACUUUUAUUAACUAAAUUUAUCAUGGUAUUUAAAUGUAAUGUUUUUAAUAUGUUACAUAUAUGAAUGUAUGUUAAACAUAACAUUUUAAAGUUUGAAUUCAUAAUUUUGGAUUAUAUAAAAAUUGGGCUGUAUCCUUACUGUAACAGGUGUUGGAGGACUACUGGAAGCAGAAGAUACCUUUUAUUUUAUUUUCACAGUAUGCACUUAUUGACUCCUACUUGUUCUUAUAUUAAUUAAAUUGCAAUUCUGUCCUCUUGAAA